AUGUAUGACUCCAAACCAGUCGCUACGCCUCUUUCACCAUACGAAUCUUUCUCGGCUAAUGGUGUGGCUCACCCUGAUCCUAUUCUCUAUCGCUCCUUGGUGGGGGCUUUGCAAUACUUGACGAUCACAAGGCCUGAUUUGUCCUAUGCAGUUAACCAACUUUCACAAUUUUUGCAUCAUCCGACUCUUGAUCAUUUUCAAGCCGUCAAGCGUCUUCUUCGUUAUGUGAAAGGGACGAUCUCUUUUGGUCUCACCUACACUCGUCCUCAUCCACCAUCCGUUGUUGGUUACUCAGAUGCCGACUGGGCUCGCUGUCUUGAUACACCUUGCUCUACCUAUGGUUACUCCAUUUUUCUAGGAGGCAAUUUAGUUUCUUGGAGUGCUAAGAAGCAGCCUACUGUCUCUAGAUCCAGUUGUGAAUCUGAAUAUCGUGCUAUGGCCAACACUGUUGCCGAACUCGUUUGGGUUCUCCUCAAUUGUAGGAAACCCUUGUAA